AUGGCCAAUCUCACCAGUAUCACCGCCGCACUUCCAUUUGUCGGAUCCAAAGCAACGCCACACCUCAUACCGGCCCUUCCGCCACUCCAGGCAGUCUUCCCGUAUCUCGUGGCGUUAAUACCAGUCCACCUUCUCCUGGUGCGACUCUUCCGCUACCAUACCGUUCGCCGACUAUACCGCAACCACCCAUUCAGCUCUAGGCCAAAUGCUUUGCAGAGGCAAAUUGCGGAAUUGCCCCUCUCCGCCGCUCACGAUAUUGUUCGCAAGAUAUCGGGCACCGAAUUUGUGUACAUGUUUAAUUUAGGUCUACAAUUCGCACUCAUUCGAACGUACGCAAUACCAUCUAUAUCCCACCUCUUAGUGGCCACCGCACAGCUUUCCAACCGCCAGAUCAACACAGUCGGCAAGCGUUAUGCCGACACAACAGCCCUCGUCUAUGAGAUCUAUCAUAACCUCCCUGGAACGACCCGUUCCUCCUCCGCCUUCGCCCGUCUCAACUACCUGCACGGCCACUACCUGCGACAGGGCAAGAUCUCCAACGACGACAUGCUUUACACGCUAUCCCUAUUCAUGAACUCACCACCGGAGUGGAUCGCCCGCCUCGAGUGGCGGGAGUUGACAGAGCUAGAGCUCGCGGGGCAGGGCCUCUACCACCGCUUCAUGGGCGAGGCCAUGGACAUCAGCUACGCGGCGCUGGACGACAUCAGACCCGCCCCGCUACCCGGCAUGGACGCCGCGGCGGCGGAGCAACGCAACUGGCGCGACGAUGGACUGGCCUUCUACAGCGCCCUGGACCAGUGGAGCAAAGCGUACGAGGCGCGGGUCAUGCUCCCACACGAGGACAACUACAAGACGGCCGUGCGGACCCUGGAACUGCUGAACAGCGUGUACCCGCGUUUCAUGCACGGCGUCAUCUCCAAGGCGUUUGUGGCUCUCAUGGACGAGAGGAUGCGCAUCGCGUGCAUGUUUCCGCCGAGCCCGCCGAGCUACAAGCAGUUCUUUGAGGGGGCUUUCAAAGUUAGGGCCUGGUUGAUUCGGCAUCUGUUCCUGCCGCGGCGGAGCCUUUGGGGCUGGUGGGUGCCCGAGGAUGAGCGCGGGUUGGUCACGGAAUACACGAGUACGGAUGGUAGGCGUUGGUUCACCAUGUACGAUGCGCUGCCGCACUAUGUGAAGCCUACGCUAUGGAAUCGGUGGGGACCGAGUGGAUGGCUGAGUUUGGCUAUGGGAGUACCCAGACCGGGGGACGAUGAGAUGUACGGCGAGGGGUGGAAGGUCGACGAGAUUGGGCCUGAACGGUUUGCGAAGAAGGGUCAGAAAGAGUUUGAGGUCACGAGGAAGAGCUUGGAGGGCAGAGUCGAGACGGAGAGGGGCGUGUACGGAGGUGACGCAAGUGUGGGAGGAUGUCCCUUCUUUGUCAAGAUAUAG